UUUAUCCGUCAAAACACUCUCUUUUCUUCUUCUUGUUUUUUUUCCUUCUCUGGAGGCGGCUGCACUAUUGAUUCAAGUUAUUCUGCGAUAUUCUACUCAACAGAUGAAGGUUGUGGUUACAGGGGCGACCGGGAUGGUCGGCAAUGAGAUCGUCAAACACUGUCUCGCGGACGCGCGCAUCACAAAGGUCGUUAUUCUCACUCGAAAAGCCGUGUCGAUGGAUAUCGAGAGUCACCCAAAGGCGGAUGUUAUCAUGAUUCAGGAUUUCGCAAGGUAUUCCGAUGAAGUUUUACGGCGACUUGAAGGGUCUUCGGCGUGUUUAUGGGCCAUUGGAGCACGGCCAGAUCGUCUCAACCACGACAAGGCACUUCUUCACCACGUCAACGUGGAACUACCGCUCACGGCAGCAAAAACAUUGAGCGAGCGCAUAGCACCAAAGACACCAGCAGGCAACAGGUUCAACUUUGUCUUGUGCAGCAACAGGACCAACUCAAAGGCAUCUUCACUGCUCUCGCUCGGGGACCCAAGAAAACCAAAGUCCGAGGCGGAGAAGGGUCUAUGCGAGAUUGCAGACGCCAGCCCUGAAACAUUUAGCGCUUGGAUCUUGAGACCCAGCGCCAUCGUCACCCCAGACGCGCCCAAGAAGAGAAGACUUGUAGGCGGUCGCUCGGCUCACGGCGUUGAAGUUACGCAGAUGGCCAAGGCUUUUGUCAAGGUGGCCUGCGAGGGCUAUAAGGAUCGUAUCAUUGAUAACGAUGCGCUGCUGAAAAUGUGAGAAACUCCCGCGGGAAGAAGUGGGUGACGUAGUGAACGAUGGAGCUGGACUAUGUGCGUGUGUGCGUGUUUGUGAAGCCGAGCUGAGCUUGACUGGGGAAGAAUUUGUGGACUUGGCG